GGCCUAGGCCGGAGAUGGGGCGGAGCGCGGCCCCGCGCGGCGGGAGUCCAACGCGGUUUGGCCGCAGUGCUCCCCAGCCGGGCGCGAGCAAGCGGCCCCGGCUCCCGCGCCAUGGGGCGGCUGGUGGCUCUGAGCUUGCUGGGGAUUGCGCUGGCGCUGCUGGGCGAGAGGUUCCUGGCGCUCAGGAAUCGGCUUAAAGCUUCCAGAGAAGUAGAAUCCAUAGACCUUCCAAACUGCCAUCUGAUUAAAGGCAUUGAAACUGGCUCUGAAGAUAUUGACAUACUUCCCAAUGGUCUGGCUUUCUUUAGUGUGGGUCUAAAAUAUCCAGGAUUCCACAGUUUUGCACCAGACAAGCCUGGAGGAAUACUUAUAAUGGAUCUAAACGAUGAAAACCUGAGGGCAUUGGAAUUAAGAAUCAGCCGUGGGUUUAAUUUGGCUUCGUUUAAUCCACAUGGUAUCAACUUCAUAGACAGUGAUGACACAGUUUAUCUCUUUGUUGUAAACCACCCAGAAUUCAAAAGUACCGUGGAAAUUUUUAAAUUUGAAGAAGAAGACAAUUCUCUUUUGCAUCUAAAAACUAUCCAACAUGAGCUUCUUCCAAGUGUGAAUGAUAUCAUAGCUGUUGGACCUGCACAUUUCUAUGCCACCAAUGACCACUAUUUCUCCGAUCCUUUCCUAAAGUAUUUGGAAGUAUACGUGAACUUACACUGGACAAAUGUUGUUUACUACAGUCCAAAUGAAGUUAAAGUGGUAGCAGAAGGAUUUGAUUCAGCAAAUGGGAUCAAUAUUUCACCUGAUAAAACUCUAACCCAUGUGUCCUUUCUGCAAAGGUACAUCUAUGUUGCUGAUGCGUUGGCUCAUGAAAUUCAUGUUUUGGAAAAACAUCCUAAUAUGAAUUUAACUCAACUGAAGGUACUCAAGUUGGAUACAGUGGUGGAUAAUUUGUCUAUCGAUCCUUCCUCAGGGGACAUCUUGAUAGGCUGCCAUCCGAAUGCACAGAAGCUCCUCAUUUAUGACCCGAACAAUCCUCCCUCAUCAGAGGUCCUCCGCAUCCAGAAUAUUCUAUUGGAGAAGCCUACAGUGACCACAGUUUAUGCCAACAAUGGAUCUGUUCUCCAGGGAAGUACUGUGGCCUCAGUAUACGAGAGGAAGCUGCUCAUAGGUACUUUGUAUCACAGAGCCCUGUACUGUGAGCUCUAAUUGUACUUCCAGUAUGCAAGUAUGCUAACUUCUUAACAAUGAACUUUCUACGAAUUGCUAAUUCUGAGGGAGUUUAACCAGACCCCGAAAUGUAUGACUUGUCUAGUUGAUUUUAUUUCAGUAAGGAAAGGCCCCUUCAGAUGUUAGAGCACUUUUAGCAUAAAAGGCAAAUAAAGAAUUUAUUUUUGAAUGCCAAGAAAAGGAGAGAGAAGUCAGCUGCCUAUGGUAAAGGGAAUCGUCUGCACAAAACAAGCCCCACCUCUUCCUUCCGACUGCCAGAGCAUGAAUUCCGCUGAAACGGGAUAGAUCAUGUUUCCUUAAAAUGUGAGUGACCUCAGCUCCAACAGUGCGACCACUGUGACUGCUCAGAACUACUGAUAGUAAAUGUUUGGAUGUUUUCUACUUACAUCUUUGUUUACUACUAAAGAGUUGGAGUUAUAUUAAAGACUAACUAAAAUUCAA